AUGCUCGAGAACAAGCCGCUCGCGGUGGUAACCGCCUCGACGGCCGGCAUCGGCUUGUCAGCUGCGAUGGCUCUCGCGAAGAGCGGCAUGCACGUCGUCGUGAGCUCGCGAAAGGCAGAAAACGUUUCGCAAGCUGUCGCACUCAUCAACGACGCUUACGGCCCCGACGCCGCCUCCGGUAUUCCCUGUCAUGUCGGAAAUAAGGCAAACCGGGAAGCCUUGGUCGCCUUCGCCGCAUCUCGAUCCGCCCACAUCCGAGCCCUCGUUCUCAAUGCGGCGGUGUCCACCGCAUACGGGCCCAUAUUUAACAUUUCCGAGGACCAAUGGGACAAAAUGUUCGACAUCAACUUGAAAGCAGCAUUCUUUCUCGUCAAAGACUUUAACGACAUGCUCACGGCGGGGUCGUCUGUCACGUUUAUCACCUCUAUAGCUGCGUAUAACCCUAUUCCUGGUCUGGGGGCCUACUCAAUUACAAAGACAGCGUUGUUAGGAAUGUGCAAAACACUCAGCGUCGAGCUCGCAAGGGAUGGGAUACGAGUCAAUGCUAUUGCUCCGGGACUCAUUCAGACCAAGUUUUCAGAAAAGUUGUGGAAGCACAAAGACCAAGGGAAGGGCGAAGCUAUGGAGUCAAACAAGAUCUCAAAGUUUUUGCAUAUACCCAUGAGGCGCAUCGGUAUGCCAAACGAUAUCGGGGGGGUUGUCGCUUUCCUAGUCUCAGAAGAUGCCGCGUAUAUUACUGGUGAAACGAUUGUUGUCGCGGGAGGAAUAACGAGCAAGUUGUAG